GCUACGAGCAGGCCGAGCGCUGCCCACCGCAGGUCCUCUAUGUGAACCGGGACUGCUGCAGGCCGGGCGGCAAUGGCGGCGCAGUGGCGGCCCUGUUCCCCUCUUGGCCACAGCUCCAGGUCCGGCUGGACAUCAGGCACUUCAUCCGCAGGCUCGCGGCUGGGGUCACUGCUGAGAGCCACCCGCUGUACCCGGCCUUCAUGCGGCGCAUCUCUGCUGCCAUCUUCGAGUGGGACGCGGAGGACGUGUCCCUCCUGAGUACAGCCAGGCAGGGACAGCAGUAUAGGAGGGGCUCGGUAGAGAAUGCCAGAGAGACGGCUCGGCACUGCCGGAGGCGUACCCGUGGGGCGCAGGAGACGGAACGCCUCCUGGAUGAGGCCAUCCAGGCGUUCAUGGGAGCCACCGACACCAUGAACAUCCCCCUCCUGGACCGGGCCCGCAUGGAGGAGAUCUGGACCAGGCAGCGGAAGCACGUGGCCUGCAUCCAGGAUCCAGCCGGUGUCCAGCUGUACACCAAGACCGGUGAGCUGACCAAAGGGGACGUGGUCCUCCCCGUCUAUCGCUGCGCCCGGGGCUCCACAUCGCUUGAGUCGUUCCACCUGCAUCUCAACAGGUUCAUCCCGGGAACGUCAGCCAGCGGCUGCAACUUCCAGAUGUUCCUGCUGGAGGGCCUGACCAGGUGGAACGAGGACCGGGCUCAGGUGGCGGCGGGCGCGCAGAAUACGGGGAUGAAGUGCUACGCGGGCCAGAAGCAGCACUGUCUCUACCAGCUGGCUCAGCGCUUGCUGGGAGUGACGCU